GACCAGCUGCUAUAGACAAUUAAAAAACAAUAUCUGUACACAAAAAUUUCCAGCGCGUGGUUUGCCUUUAAAAAUAAUUAUUACCAAAAAAUUGUUUUAUUCGUUUAUAGCAGCUGGUCAACUCCAGAUUGUGAGUUAAAUUCUUGUAUGCACGGGACUAGAUGUAUAACCUCGCUAUAAGUUUUAGGAGACCCGAUAACGUACACAUGGCAGCCUGCUUAUAGUUGCCUGUAUUCCUUUCUGGAAUGUUGCUGGGGUGUGUGGGCUCAGUGCUCACUGGGGACGGCCAGUAAAUGCCACGACUAUUCUCUAGUACCCGUGUGAGAGGGCCAGUGGGCUGGAGUUACUAGCAAGUUCCUAUUCUUGGUGAGAAGAAAAGAAGGGUCUGACACAGCAGCAAACACUGCAUCACCUCUGUGCCUUUUGUUCUGCCCGUGUCACAGGCAGUGUGGGCCCCGGAGCUGCUGAUCUGCUGGAAACACACGGAACACCUCACUUUAUAGGUUAGAAAUGUAGAUCCCGGGGUCCCAUGACCUGUACAGUGAAUAUGCUGAAGAUCAGUAACAGUUUAGCACUGGAUCCCCGAGGAAGAAGAUAUGGGGGGUGGAUAUGACCUUGAGCUCUUCACUAAGACUCCUGACUACGACCUCCUUUGCUCCAUCUGCCAUGGGGUGAUGAGGUGCCCCGUCAUGAUAUCCUGCGGCCAUAUCUUUUGCCGGAACUGUAUAAUGCAGUGGCUGAAGAGGCGAUGCACAUGCCCCUGCUGCAGGACCAAGGUGAGGGGCAAACCCUACGUCCUGAUGCACAAGCUGAAGAGGAAGAUCAACCGGCUGGAUGUGAAGUGUCCCAAUGAGCAACAUGGCUGCCCUGUACAUUUUGCCCUUGUCCAUUGCCAGGAGCAUGCAGAAUACUGCGCCUUUGGAGCAGUACCUUGUUCUAAUGAAGGCUGCCCUGCUGAGGUGUUACGUAAGGACAUGUACGACCACAGCCAUAACUGCCGGUACUGGAGGCAAAACUGCCAUAUGGGCUGUGAAACCCUACUUGACUCAGAGACCCGCCAGACCCACAACUGCUAUCAGGAGCUGAAGGAGGACUACGCCAGGCAACUCCACAAGCUACAGCAGAAGGCCCAACGCAUGGAGACCAUCUGUAGCCAGAUCAGCCGCCAGUUGCAGAUGAUGAAUGAACCUGCACAACCAGCUGCUGACACUGGCGAAACAAUAUAAAAAACA